AUGAAUGAUACCAGCAUUACUAAUACAGAAAAAAAUGUUGGUUGGGAUUCGCUCAAAGAAAAGGUUGAGGCGUUUUGUAUUAAGCAUAGUAUUCCAUUACCCAAUUAUGAUGAGCCAUAUGCUAACUCGGGGAGAUUACGACGUAAAGUAGUUGAUUAUACUACUUUGCACCAUUAUCGUGUGGAUGCGUUUUAUAAAAUUAUUGAUUGGCAGCUACAAGAACUUAAUGACCGCUUUAAUGAGGUGACAAGUGAUUUGCUUAAUGGUGUAGCUUGCUUGAAUCAAAUUGAUACAUUUUCUAGUUUUGACAUCCAAAAGAUAUUGGUGAUGACUAAAUUAUAUCAUGAUGACUUUGAUGAGUUCAAUAUGAGGGUUCUUGAGAAUCAACUUGUUAAAGAUAUUAUUGAUGUUCGUGAUAUUGAUAAAAGAUUCUCCAAUUUAAGCGGACUUAGGGUACUUUCAAGAAAGUUGGUUGAGACAAAGAAGCACUUAACCUAUCCUCUUGUAUUUCUUUUAGUGAAGUUUGCUUUGCUUCUACCCGUUGCCAUUGGAUCAGUUGAAAGAGCUUUUUCGGCAAUGAAGUAUAUCAAGAAUGAUUUGCGGAAUCGAAUGGAUGAUGAAUUCUUAGAUGGUUGCAUAGUGCCUUAUGUAGAAAAAAGAGUAUUUAAGAAUAUUUCUAAUGAGUGUAUUAUAGAAACAUUUCAAGGGAUGAAGCGUCACCGAAUGCACUUGUAA